GACGAUUUUGCCGCAAGUCCGACUUGUCACUUGCAAUUUGGCUCUGUUACUCGCUGGGCGGCGCUGGUUCGAAGGUUUCUUUCUCUAUCCGCUCCCGAAGCAAAAGCCAACGGGUGAUUCAUACAUCUACAUUAUACAACCAUGUCUUCGCCGCCCACAGCCUCGACAUCUGCGCAAAUUGUCAGUAAUCCUACUGUCGACGAGAAGAAGAAACCGCUUCCCCGCUGGGUGCCCGUCUCUUUACUCGCAGUAACAACCGCCGCCCUCGCCCUCCCCAUCUACCUCCUCAAGCGGCACCGCGCAUCGCUCGCUGAGCUCGCCCCGCCGGCGCGCAGAACUGCGAAGGCCGCUGGCCGCCUCCAACCCGCUCGCAUCAGGCCUGUCGAGCCGAAUCCUCGAGCGGCUGAGGUGCCGGCGGAUGCGUUCAACGCGCCGCUGCAAGGCUUGAAGGCGUUCGGGAUCGCUACGCUGGGCGUGACGACGUGCGCGGCGGCGGGCGUGUGGGGGGUCAAAGCGUACACGGGUGUGCGAGAUACUCGCGAGUUCGCAGACUACAUGCGCCAAACGCUCCUCCUCCGCCUCCCCGGGCUCGCCGCGCGCUUGCACCGGCUUCCCGACCCCGACUCCGACUCCGAUUCCUCCCCAUCUGCACCCUCACCAUCACCCUCACAACCAGAGCACGCUACGGGAGAACCAUGGACGUGGGUCGCAGCAGAGGCCCGGCUGCGUGCCGCGUACGAGCAGCGCGGGUUCGCGGGGUGGGCGGACGCCGCGCUGCGCGAGGUCGAGGAGGAGGCGCGGGUGGAGCGGGCGAAGCGCGGGCUGGGGGCUAGCACAGAGACAUACACGGACGGCGCGAAGCCGAAGGUCCUCCUCAUCGGCUUCCUCGACACUAAGGAAGCGGAGUACGCGUUCGUGAAGGACCUACUCGAGGCGAAGGGAUGUGAGGUGGUCAUCAUCGAUACCUCUAUCCAGGUGCGCACCCCACUUCCGAGAUCGACCCUUGGUUGA